AUGCAAGAGGGUGGUGUAACGGAGAAGCGACCGCCCCUGGUGUCCAACGAGGGCAAUACUGAGAACAACACCUCUCAACCCAUCCAGCCAGACUCAGGAGUUGACUUGGAGGUUCAAACGGAAAAUGGAUCCUUACCUCCAUACAGCAUUCUUCCAAAUGGCGGAAAGGCUUUUGUGAUUGUGGCGGGCUCAUUUGCGGCCCUCAUUUCACCACUUUCGAGCAGCAUCUACCUACCCGCACUUGACUCUCUCUCCAGGGAUAUGAAUGUCUCUGUUUCACUGAUCAACCUAACUAUCACCACAUAUUUGAUUUUUCAAGGACUUGCACCCUCAUUUAUCGGCAGUUUUUCAGACAUCCAUGGUCGACGUCCCGCAUACAUCAUCUCCUUUACAAUAUACCUUGGAGCCAAUAUUGGCCUUGCAUUACAGAACAACUAUGUCGCUCUGAUGAUUUUGCGUUGCAUUCAAUCCUCGGGCAGUAGUGGGACUGUUGCAUUGGGCAGUGCUGUCAUGGCCGAUCUUUCGACUCGUGCAGAGAGAGGAAAAUAUAUUGGAUACGCAGGCAUUGGUCUCGCGCUGGGACCGACACUGGGCCCUGUCAUAGGCGGACUUUUGGAUCAUUAUUUGGGAUGGAGGUCGAUCUUUUGGUUCCUGGUCAUUCUGUCGGGUGUUUGCUUUGUUGUGAUUCUUAUUGCUUUCCCCGAGACAUGUCGAGCUGUCGUGGGAAAUGGAUCUGUACCACCGGCGUCAUGGAAUCGCCCGCUUUGGGCGUUUUGUGUACGGCGCUCUCAAUUUUGCGAUGAACAGCGAGCCGCCGACUACACCACCAUUCAGCAACUGAAGCGGCGUCCCAACCCAAUAUCGGCUCUUUUUCUAGCCACACAAAAAGGGACAGGCUUGGUCCUCAUGUACGGUGCACUGUUAUAUGCAGGCUAUAUGGCCGUGAUCAGCACCCUGUCGACUCAGUUGACCAGUCGCUUUGGAUUCAACUCCAUCCAAGUCGGAUUGUGCUAUCUCCCCAUGGGCAUGGGUAGUAUCAGCUCUCGCUGGUUAGUUGGCCGAUUGUUGGACUGGAACUUCCACCGUGAAGCACGGCUUCAAGGUAUGACUAUCCAGAAAAAUCGACAGCAGGAGAUUGAAAACUUCAACAUUGAACGAGCUAGACUAGCAAUAACGAUCCCGUUAAUCUAUUUAGCCAGUCUCUGCAUUAUAGCCUACGGCUGGGUGAUGCAGUAUCGAACUGCUCUAUCUGGCCCUCUCGUGAUGUUGUUUUUCACUGGUCUUACGACUACAAGUGCAUUCAGCACACUGAGCAUACUGGUUGUAGACAUCCACUACCAAAGCGCGGCAACUACCGCGGCAGCUAGUAAUCUCUUUCGCUGCUUGCUGGGUGCUGGGGCAACAGCAGUGGCAUCACCUCUCAUAGGGGCAAUCGGCAUUGGGUGGACAGCAACGUUUAUUGCUGGUCUUUGGGCGCUUGGAAGCCCCGCUUUGUGGAUUGUUUUCCAGCAGGGAUAUCGUUGGAGACAGAAACUUGCCAACAAGGAGCAGCGAAAGCUUGACCAAUCCACCCCGUAA